AUGUCGUCCAUGAAGGCCUACCUCGCUGCCAAAUACAUGUCCGGCCCCAAAGCCGACGCCAUCCUGGCCCGCACCGGCGACCCGACGCAGAAGAAGAAGAAAAAGAAGAAACACGCCGACCCUUCAUCCUCCGCUACUUCUACGACACCCGCCUUCAUCAAAGACGACGAUAUCCCCGGCUGGGCCGCGCCCGAGGGCGAGGACGGGGACGACGAAGAGCUGAAGGAGGCCGUCGUCGCGUCCGACCGCGGGUUCAAGAAGAGGCGGGUGGAGGGUGGCGGGGAGGGCUCGGGAGGUGGUUGGGCGACGAUCCGCGCGCCGACGCCGCCCCCCGCUGAGGACGAGAAACCGCAAGUGGUCGAGGAGGGGGAGGACCAGCCGUUCGUCGGCGGGUUGCUCACCAAGUCGCAGAUCAAGAAACACCUCCCCUCCGCCCAAGUCGCGAAGAAAACCUCAAAGCAGCCGGACGAGGAGGCCGCGACGGCGCAGGAGACCGUGUAUCGCGACGCGUCCGGCCGGCGGAUCGAUACCGCGGCGGAGAAGGCGGAGGCGGCUCGGAAGAAGCGCGAGCGGGAGGAGAGGGAGGCGCGCAAGAUGGAAUGGGGGAAGGGGCUCGUGCAGCGCGACGAGGAGAAGAAGCGGCGGGAGGAGCUCGAGAAGGCGCGAACGAGGGACGUGGCGCGGUACGCGGACGACCGGGAGAUGAACGAGGAGAUGCGGGCGCAGGAGCGGUGGAACGACCCCGCGGCACAGUUCUUGACGAAAAAGAAGUCGAAGGGCCCACGAAGGCCAGAAUAUUCAGGCCCCCCACCUCCGCCGAACCGAUUUGGGAUCAAGCCCGGGUACAGGUGGGAUGGCGUCGAUCGAGGGAACGGCUUCGAGAAACGCCUCUUCCAAAAACUCAACGAGCGAAAACGUGCAGGACGCGAAGCAUACGAAUGGAGUGUCGACGACAUGUAA